ACAGCAGCGGCAGCUGCGAGAGCCAGCGCCAGCGCCGGGAGCCGGGAGCCCGCAGAGGACGGCCGGAGAGCCAGCCCCGCGGCCGGACCCGCCGAGCGCCCGCCCGCCGUUCCUCCGUGUGCCGGGCCGGGCCGAGCGUGGCCUCAGCAUGGGGGCUGCAGCCCUGCCCUGGCACUGGUGCCUGCUCCUCGUCCUCGGCGCCCCGGGCCGCCUGACCAGAGCCACCGGGGCCCCAGAUACGGACGAGUGUGCAGAGGGGACCGAUGACUGCCACAUAGAUGCGAUCUGUCAGAACACCCCCAAAGCGUACAAGUGCCUCUGUAAGCCGGGCUACAAAGGAGAAGGCAGGCAGUGUGAAGACAUAGAUGAAUGUGAAAAUGACUACUACAACGGGGGCUGCGUCCACGAGUGCAUCAACAUCCCGGGAAACUACAGGUGCACCUGCUAUGACGGCUUCAUGCUGGCUCACGACGGCCACAACUGCCUGGACGUGGAUGAGUGCCUGGAUAACAAUGGCGGGUGCCAGCAGAUCUGUGUGAACACCAUGGGCAGCUAUGAGUGCCAGUGCCGGGAGGGCUUUUUCCUGAGUGAUAACCAACACACCUGCAUUCACCGCUCCAAUGAGGGUAUGAACUGUAUGAACAAAGAUCAUGGGUGCGCACAUAUCUGCCGGGAGACGCCCAAAGGUGGGGUUGCCUGUGAAUGUAGGCCUGGCUUUGAACUUGCCAAAAACCAGAGGGACUGCACACUAACCUGUAACUAUGGAAACGGAGGCUGCCAGCACACCUGUGAUGACACUGAUACGGGGCCUGUAUGUGGCUGUCAUCAGAAGUAUGCUCUCCACUCCGAUGGCCGGACAUGCAUCGAGAAGGAUGAGGCUGCAAUUGAGAGUACUGAGUUCAAUACCACGUCAGUAGCUGAUGUGGACAAGCGGGUGAAACGGCGCCUUCUCAUGGAAACAUGUGCUGUCAACAAUGGAGGCUGUGACCGUACCUGCAAGGAUACAGCCACGGGAGUCCGCUGCAGCUGCCCAGUGGGGUUUACCCUGCAGCCGGAUGGGAAAACAUGCAAAGACAUUGAUGAGUGCUUGGUGAACAGCGGAGGGUGUGACCAUUUCUGUAGGAACACGGUGGGAAGCUUUGAAUGCAGCUGCCAGAAGGGCUAUAAGCUACUAACAGAUGAACGGACCUGUCAAGACAUAGACGAGUGUUCCUUCGAGAGGACCUGCGAUCACACCUGCAUCAACUCUCCGGGCAGCUUUGAGUGCCUGUGCCACCGGGGCUACACUCUAUAUGGCCUGACCCACUGCGGAGAUGUUGAUGAGUGCAGCAUCAAUAAUGGCAGCUGUGACUAUGGGUGCAUCAACACGAUGGGCAGCUACGAGUGUGCCUGCCCUCCUGGAAGGAAGCUCCACUGGAACAAGAAGGAUUGUGUUGAGACAGUGAAAUGCCUCCCUGGUGCAAAGGCAGCACCCCGAAUCCAGCUGGCCUGCAGCAGGACCGGAGGCCUGGAGACCUGCUUCCUGGCCUGCCCUUCCAACACACUCUUUAUUCCAGAUUCGGAGAACAGCUACUCACUGAGCUGUGGAGUCCCAGGACAACAGGGCAAGUCACAGCAGAAACGCAAUUCCACUGUCCCCAGCUGUACAGAUCCUCUGGUUCCUCCUGUCAAGCAGAAAGCCCGUUUCAAAAUCAGAGAUGCUAAAUGUCACCUGCGACGACGCAGCAAGGAUAAGGUGAAGGAGGUGGGAAAGCAAGCACUACUCGACAACUGCCAAGUGACCUUCGUGAACCUCCAGUGCGACUCUUCCAAGAAGAAGCGCCGGGGCCGCAAGUCUCCUUCCAAGGAAGUGUCCCAUAUCACGGCCGAGUUUGAGGUAGAGAUGAAGUCUGAUGAGGUCUCAGACACCUGUAAUACUGAUUGUGUCCGGAAAAAGCUGGAACAGAAGUUGCAGGCCGCCAUCAAAACACUGAGGAAAUCUAUUAAUAAACAGCAAUUUUACCUUCAGUUUUCGGGUACAGAGUAUGAAGUGGCCCAGAAACCAGCUAAAACUGCUGAAGGGCAGGAGGCUUGUAGCCCUGGCCUGGUGCUGCAGGAUGGGAAGUGUGUGACCUGUGGACCGGGCACCUAUUACAGCGGAGAGCACAGUGAGUGCCUUCCUUGUCUGCCAGGAACAUAUCAAGAUACAGAGGGUCAGCUCACCUGUGAGCCUUGCCCAAGUAAUGAUGGCCAAGGCCUAGCAGGAGCCCGAAAUGUAUCCGAAUGUGGAGGACAGUGUUCUCCCGGCUUCUACUCAUCCGAUGGCUUCAAACCUUGCAGGCCAUGCCCACUGGGCACAUACCAGCCCGAGCCAGGACGCACCUUGUGCUUCCCCUGCGGAGGCGGGCUGGUGACCAAGUAUGAAGGAGCUGUUUCAUUCCAAGACUGUGAGACAAAAGUUCACUGUUCUCCUGGUCACUAUUACAACUCCUCUACCCAUCGCUGUAUCCGGUGUCCCAUCGGCACCUACCAGCCAGAAUUUGGUCAGAAUUACUGCAUAACUUGUCCUGGUAACACAAGCACUGAUUUUGACGGCUCUACCAAUGUUACUCAUUGUAAAAACCAGCACUGUGGAGGAGAACUGGGAGAUUACACUGGCUACAUCGAGUCUCCCAAUUAUCCUGGUGACUACCCAGCCAAUGUGGAAUGUAUAUGGAACAUCAAUCCUCCACCUAAGAGAAGAAUUCUUAUUGUGGUGCCAGAGAUAUUCCUGCCCAUUGAAGAUGAAUGUGGUGAUGUUUUAGUGAUGAGAAAAAGUGCUUCCCCUACAUCCAUCACUACUUAUGAAACAUGUCAGACCUACGAGAGGCCCAUAGCCUUCACAUCCCGGUCUAGAAAGCUGUGGAUCCAGUUUAAAUCAAAUGAAGGGAACAGUGGCAAAGGAUUCCAAGUACCCUACGUGACCUAUGACGAGGAUUAUCAACAGUUAAUAGAAGAUAUAGUUCGAGAUGGCAGGUUGUAUGCAUCAGAAAAUCAUCAAGAAAUUUUAAAAGACAAGAAGUUGAUUAAAGCCCUUUUCGAUGUGUUGGCACAUCCUCAAAACUAUUUCAAGUAUACAGCACAGGAGUCCAAGGAAAUGUUCCCAAGAUCAUUUAUCAAGCUACUACGGUCCAAAGUUUCCAGAUUUCUAAGACCAUACAAAUAACUCUCCUAGAGCUAUGCAAUUGGGGGAUGGUUGGGGGUAUUUUUGGUCCAGUCGGUUGGGGAAAGAUUUUUUGUUCAGUUUUACAUUUGUGUCGAAUAUUAUAUUUCCCUUCACAGUAGAAACAUUUGCUGACUGUGAAAAGCUCUUCCAGAAAGUUCAGUACCAUAUUGAAGAAUCUUGGUAACAUUUUAAAUUCAUUAAAAGCCCACGAGAAUGGAUAUUUUUACCUGGAAGAAAAUGUGAGGAGUCAUGGGCAAGCCCAGAUGAAGACCAUGAUACAUGCCUGCACCAGCAGUAUCCCUUUACAUCAAUAUGAAAAUGUCUGGUUGGAAAAAUCCUUCUUUCCCCCAAACCUUUUUAUUUCCUAGGAAGCCAUGCAGUACCUUUCUUCUGAGCCAAGGAGAAAGUUUUUAACCUUGAUCAACCAAUGCCAAUACACUGUGGGAGAGGAAGAAGUCCAGCAUGAAGAAACAGCAUUUGGAAUCUGAAUAGGACCUGAACUCUGUAUUUGGAAUUUUCAGAGGGAAGGAAUUAAAUUAUGAUGUUUCUCCCCUUAGUUUCCUAGAGACUUGGGUAUAGUAGAAACUAAACAAGAAAAGAAGAAGGAAUAAUGCUGUAUAACUUGUUUCAAGAUCUACCAAAAAUUAAGCUCCAAAUGCAUGGGUUUUAUCCGCCCUCUUCUAUUUUUCUUGAAAUUUCGUUCCCACACCCAGCCUCUCCUGCUUUGGACACAGUGACCAUGUUUGUCUGUUAUUUGGACUCUGAAGAACUUUAAAAUACAAUGGAUUAAGAGUUGUGGAGGGGAAAGGGGGCAAUAGAUGUUUCUCUUGCCACAAAAGAGCAUCUUAAUUAAGUACUAUAUAUAUAUAAAUAUAAAAUAUAUAUACUUCUAUUUGUGGGUACCUUAGAAAUCUUAGUGACUGUAAAUAUUAAUUAUGCAGAUGUCUCUUCUCCCAAAUUCAAUAUCCAGAUACACCUUUUUUUUUAGGUUUCCUAAAACGAUUAAAUCACUGCUCCAAGGCCUUGCAACUUGCCUUUAUCCCCUCAAAAAAAAAAGGAGUCUACUGAGUUUGGGGAAAUGCAGUUUUUCUCAGUAAGUCUUUUCAAUCUUAAGUUAUUUGGCAAAAUUAAAUAAAUUCCCAUUUCUCUAUUGCUUUAAGGAAAUGUAAGGAUUUGUAUGGAAUAUGAAACCGGUUUAGAGAGAAGAAGCUUAUUCUUAGCCUCUUAAGAGUGUAAGAGAGUUCAAAGGUACCUGAGAGAUGUUCUAGAUCAAUGGUCCCCCUGUAAGGAUUCCUGAGGGCUGCAGAUUGAUUUUGGGAAGCCACAGGUUAUCAUUAGCUCGGUUGUAUUAUAUUUAUUUUGCUAAGUAUUUCUUAAUUACAUUUUUAUCAGGUUCACAUUCUCUGGCCUGGUGUUUGACAGCUCUGUUCUAGGUGAUCCUCAUAUCACAGAGGAGAAAACUGAAACUGAAUAGAGGAAAGGUCUUGCUCUUUAACCUCUAAGCAAAUUAGUCUUUGAGACUGUAUUCAAAACCAAGCCUCUCCUAGCCAAAUCUAACACUCUCCUUCCACCACACUGUCUCUAAAGGGGGGGGAAAUGUCUCUACAAGGCUUUUGGAACUGGGAAACUUCUAAAUGCUAAGCUCAAUCACCAGAGAAAUAUGUAAGAAUUCAUUGGGUGGUUCUGAGCAGGUCUGAUGAAAAAAACAAGAAAGCUUGUUAUGAGACUGUGGCCCUAUAUAAUUAUAUCCUCAGCACCUUGUUGGAAAGUUUGAUAUAUUAAUAUUGCUGACUGAUGUUCUGUGUAAAGAACACUGGUUAAAGAGUCAACCUUUUAAAAUGAAAUGUCCUAAAACAUCAGAGCCAGAAGGUCACCGAAUGAAACAUUUAUUUACAUGCACAGUAACUGGCACAUAGUAGACACUAUAUUAUAAAUGCUUAUUUCCUUCCCCUUCAUUUACAGGUAAGGAAACUGAGGUGCACAAGGUGGAAAGGAUCUUACCCACAUCACACAGAGAAUUAGUGAAUAAGCCAGAUCUUAAACCCAAAUCUCCAGAUCCUAGUCCAGAGUUCCUUCCAAUGUAGCCUUCAUUUCCUUUUAAAAAGAUUCCAAUAUCAAAGGGCCUUACCUUUGGUUAUUAAAUUAAAUUAUUAAAAUUAAAUCCUGUCCCACUCAAAUUCAAUUGUCUUUGCACAUAGAAUCACUUAAUUUUAGGACCAGAGACUGUGGGCACUUCCAUCCUAAGUCUAAGAACAUAUGAGAGACAGCUAAAAGUUCAAGUCCUUCCAUGGUGAAGCAGCCUACCCUUCUGGGGCUGGAUGUCCCCCAUUAUCAGGAACACCUUUAGACAAAUGGGCUGAUCAAUUGCCACUGAGUACAGAAUAUAAUUAUAUCACUACUGCUUUAUUCUUUUUAAUCACAUCCUUAGGAUCUCAAGGAUUCAUAGAUUCAUUGAUAAGGAUGCUUCAAGCUUUUGUAGAAUACCUUCAUGAGAUAAUGUGACCAUGAAGUGGCCAUCACUAUGAUGAUGUACCUCUCUGCAUUCCAUGCUCACCUUCAGGUCCAGUCUGCUCGGCUUUAUAGGGCAAAGCUGCCAGAGUUUAUGCUCCAAAGACAUGGAUUUUAGGAUGCCAAGUUCUAUGGCACGAUGAGGCAUUGGUGGAAGGAAGGACUUUCAUGGAUAAUUUGAAAAUUGUACAGGGAAGGAAGAAAUUUUAAAAUGACUUGUGAAUCAUUCAAAUCUUGCAAGUUAAGGAUUUAGAUUGAGAUAUCUGACAUCUCUUAAAACUCAAUAUUCCCUGUUCUCAAGUCAAUUCCAGUUGUCACAUUUGGUGCUUUUAGUUCCUUUCCAGAUGUGACACUGCAUCGUAUGAUCCCUUCCACCUCAGACUCUUCAUAUGGUAUCUAUUGCUUCACAAUUUUCUAUUAGGCCAGUGACAGAAACAUUCAGAAGCCAAUUUAGAAUGACAAUGCUCAGAGAAGCCUCCUAGAAGAGAGGAGCCUGGGCCAAUGCAGAGGCUGGUGACAUAAGAUGUGUCACCAGGAAAAAGAAAAAAUUAGGUACAUACUAAAGGAUAUGAAAUUUGUUCCUUUUUAAUCCUAGAUUAUGUGAAUUACUAGUAAGAUUCAAACUGUGGAUAAUAUCUGGCAAGGUUCCUCAUAAGACAACAGGCUUUAAAGCUGGGAAGAGCAGUAAGGAUCAUCUCAAUCCAGACUCCUUAUUCUACAAAGGAAAUCAGAAAAGGGAUUCAACUUGAUCAUUUACAGAGAUGUUAGAUAACAGGAAUCCCUGACUCUAAAACCUUCCCUGCAGCACCCUGAAGUUUCCUGUUUGUUCAGCCUACUAAGAAACCUUAAAGGAAAAUAAUUAUUUAGUUGCUAGGUUUAAUCUGUUAGCCAAGUGACUGCAAGAAAUAAUUACAGAAUUGAAAUGAACUGAAUUGAAUUGGCUUGACUGAGAACAAUGGAAACUAAUGCUCUGAUUCUCAACUUGAUCUAAAACCCAAAUCUAGGCAUUUUUCAACACUUCUCAAAGGCAUAAACAAUUAAACAGAUAUGUGGUCAGCUAUAAUUGUCAGCUGACUAUGUAUCUGUCCUGACUGUACCUUCUGGUCAUGUCCUUUAAAAUAUAGCUACUGACUUAACCUAAAAACUAGGUGCUGCCCUGGACUGCCUUCCCUUUUCCAUCCUAGGGAUGGCCACCUAGUGAAAAACUGUCAACAAUGGAAGUAGAACAAAAGUCAGGAAUUCAUUAUGCAGGACCAUAAACUUAUUGCUAGAUUUCAAAUGAGUCCAUUUUCUUUUCUGAUCUUUUGACUCCUCUGUAAAAUGGGGCAGUUGUGCUCAUUAAUCUCUCUGACAUUCUAAUGAUGGGGAUGAAGGGAAAGCUCUGGAUGUGUAGCUAAGGGGGUAUAUAGAGGCAAACCCUUUUGCUUACUUACUAUGGUAUGGCCUUUGGCAAGCCACAUAAUAUGGCUGAGUCUGUUUCUUCCUCUGUAAAAUGAGGUUGGACCAGAUCAUUUCUAAGGUUCCAGUUAGCUCUAACAGCUUUGAAUGUGAAAGCUGCAAAAUCAAUUGUUUCCCAUCCACCCUAAAUGUUGUCUGCAGGGUUCAUGUCCAAAACAUUUUUUUCAGAUUCCAUCUUACAUGAAAUAUGAGCAUAAUUGGGUUUCAUUUCCUAAGGACAUCUAUGAAUCUAAGGUAGUGUUGUCUCUGAAGCAAUAGACUUACCAUUCCUAUCUAUGCCUUUGCCAUGACAUCCUUAAAAUCCAAGAUCAUGCUGAAAAUUAAGGGCAUUUAUCAUUGCCACCAUUCCACCAACAAAUCUAGCUUAAAUGGUGGGAGUCAUGAAAUCUCACAGUUGGAAAAGGCUUCUUAAAUCUAACCCAUUCAGCAGUGGGAUUCCCUCUCAAGCUUCUACCAAAGGCAUCUAGUAGAUAGGGAAUUUGCUAAAGCCCAAGACAGGCCCUUCCUCUUUGAUAAAAAAUCAUGUUGUUAAAGGGAAUAUCUCCUUGUUUUGAACCAAAAUUUAUUCCUCUGAAAAUUCCACCCAACUUUCCUUCCUACCUUUAGUAAAGGGAAUCAUCUACUGUGACAUCUCCUAGAGAUUUCUCUUUUGUUAAUCCCUUAUAAUACCCAAAUGUGUCAGACAACCAAGGUUUAACACUGCCUAGGAGAGAAAUCUGACUACCUUCAAUUCACAUUUCCAUAGCUCAGAGUUUAUUAGCAUUUUAGUAAAAAGUACAGCUACUUAGAAUCUGUCACAAAUUAAACUAGGAACUGUCUGUAGAAAUGGCCUACUAUUUUACACUCAUUCAAGAUUUCCCAAUGCUGUGGCGAAAAAACCCUCUUGGACUGGAGUAGAAACUUGCAUCAAGUCUCUGUUCCAUUACCAGCUUGCUAUUUGACCCUGGACAUAAUCAAAGAUUCCUCUGAGUUUCAGUCUACUUAUCUGUAAAGUGCCUUGUCUAUAGCACAAUGUUGUUAAAAACAAUCAAAUGAGCUACUAGAUAUAACAGCACAAGGAGAAAUAGAAAGCAUUAAUAGAAAUGCAAGGAAUUAUUAUGACCUUCCUGGACACCACUCAAGUUGCUUUCCAUACUGCCUGGAGUUUCUGUCAGAUUGUCUGACUUUGCGUUCUGUCUCUGCUACUACAAGUAUAACCUCAGAAAUGUCACUUCCUCUCUCUAAUUCUUAAACUAAAGCAGUUGCAACAGAUCAUCUUUGAGACCUCUUCUACCUCUCACUCCCAUAAACCUGUUAGGUACCUUUUCAACACUGAGAUAAUGAAGCCAGACUGGUUAAAGCAAAAGUUCCCUGGAUCUUUGGGUCACAGAAUCCAGAAGUGGAAAGGACCUUAGAAGCCAUCUAGACUAACCUGAGCAAGAAUUCAUCUUUAGCAUCCCCAUGGCAUGGAAGACAGCAUGAUACCUUAAGAACCAAGACUCCCAGCUACAUGUAUCUGGUUUUCACUUUAUUGCUGAUGAUACCCUGUUAUUAUUAGUAGAGACAUAACAGAUCUCUGAGGAGUCAAACUUUGGAAAUAGAAGAAAAAGGUUAUUGUAUCCAUGGAACUAAAGGAGAAGUCUGUGCACAAAAAGAUGACUGAGCUGAUUGAAGAAUAUUCUAUAUUCCCUUUGACCUUUAGUAAAAAAAAAAAAAAAAAGACCUAGAGACCUGAAGCACAGCAAUACCCCAAAAGAAAAUACUUACUAAUAAACCAACAAUCCCUCAUGGAGCUCCUAAGUUCUGGGGCCUGUGUCAAAACUUAGGGGGAUGCCAGCAAGUAUAAGAUCUGGACCUGCUUGUAGGGUGCACACAGUCCCACAGUCCAUUAACUGUCACUUUCCAUCUGGCCAUGUUCCUUUGAAAAUAUCCUUUGUAAAUGAAUACCUUCUUAUAGGCUCACUUUCCCCAAGCUCAGCAUGGGCUAAGCUAAAAACCAUCUGAAGAACUUGUUGUUCAUCCUUCCUUUUCAAAGAGGGCCAGUGACAUUACAAGUCGCAGUAAAAUACUGGAUGAUGGGUGAUAGUUUGACUUGGACAUGGACUGGAUUUAAGGCAGGCUAAGUUGCCCAGUCAUCAGUCUCACUCUCUCUCUUCCACGGUCAUUGAAGUCCAGUGGCAGGACAACAGUCAAAAUAGCUGGCAAUAGCCCAGGAUGCAGUGAAUGACAUUAGCAUCUUCUAUGUCUGACCAAGCUCUAAGCUCUCCCUAGUAGUUGCUUCAGUUAUCUUCAUGGCCUUUGAAACAAAUUGUUCUCAUCCUCUUAUUCCUCUAAGGAAAAGAAAUCUCCCUUAGACACAGAUCAAAAGCCAAACUUAAUGUGGAAUUUUCUCAAAUUUGCAAUGAGUUUCUUAGGAUGGAUUAACCUCAAGUUAUUAUAAAUUAAUUUAUGUAUAUUAAAUCUUCUCCUUACCAAUGACCCCAAUUAUAAAAUUAGAACCACAUUUUUUCUGGAAAAAACUUUACCCCUCAUAAUUUAUGUGAGGGACAUUAAUUACUACUAUUCACAUUUCUUAUAGUGUUCUAAAAUUUACAGAGUGCUUUUUCCAGUAAAUAUUAUUCUCACAAACCCUCUAAAACCCUUUCUAUGGAAAUAAAUAAAAUGGCAAAUGAGGAAGCCACGUUUAACCCAAAUUGACUCAAAGCAUAGUUUGCUUUCUGAGGUCUAAAGCUAUUUUAAGAUUGUAAAAACAAAGUUUUUAUGACCACUGAGGCUCAUUAGUGGAAGAAAUCAUUUUACGUACAGGUUAUAUUACCACUUUCCACUUCCAUGGAGGCAGGAGAAAAUGCUUUCAGAAAACCUUUCUUAUGAAAAACCAUGUGCAGUCAUUAGGAGACUACAUUUUUGAGUGUAUGGUUUCCAUAUGCUCAGUUUGACAGCAUGAGUCCAACAAAUGUAUUCUGAAUUGCCAUUCCAUUUUUAAUAUCUGAAUUUCACAUGUAGUGCACAAUAAUAAAUGGACAAGGGUCCCUCUUUGGUAUGUUCAUUCAAAAGGCUGGCUCUCUGGGAGCAAAGGGAAGGUUAAAUAGCAGCAGCUUCUUUCCAUUUAAAAUCCAAGAACAGUGGAUUUCAAGAAAACACUCUACUUAGUUUUGGAAGGUGGCCCUAAAUGCUAGUAAUCACAUUGUAUUUUGUCUUGAGAAAGAAUUCUGUAUUGUACUCAAGCUGGUCCAAACUGUAGCCAAGAAGGAGACUUCAUUUACAACAAUCUAUAUCUUCCUUCUGAUUUUAGUGUUAUUUAAUUCACAUUUCAUUAAAACCAUAUCUCAUAGCUGUGGAUAUACCAUCCACUGGUGUUGACUACCAUUCAUGCAUGCCUUCUCUUCCACAUCUUUCUGUAAAUCUCCCAGAAGAACCAUCUAAAGUGCAGAGGAUCUUCCUUUAAUUCUUUACAUAUGUACCAUAUGAAAACACAUAUCUCCAAAAGAGAUACACAACCCAUAUUUUCCUCUUAAAUGAUUGAGAAAAUGGCUCUUUCUUGCUUCAUGUCUUGAACAUCCUUCCCUCUGUCAUAAUAGUUUCUUUUUAUUUAUAUUUUUCAAAUAUUGCUUUUCAAUGUUUUUUUAAUCUUGAAAAGAUGUUCCAGAGUUGACAGAAAUACAUCUUAGAAAAACUAAAUAAGAGCUUCAUGGCCCAUAAGAUCUUGUCCAUUUGUAUUUCCCUUCUCCUAGAACCUGUGGAGAAGCUUUGAGGGCAAAGGGAUAUGUGUGCCAUGCAGUUAACGACUUUCAGUACAGAGAAUCCCCAUUCAAAUGAGGAAGGAGAGAGGUCUGAUGGCAAUAGAAUGGUUUUUCAUCUCUGCUGCCAUCUGUGGGUAAGGAGUGGCACCUAACAGAUCAGAGUCUUGUGGGAGAACUCAGGUUCCCAGGCAGCCUCUGGUUGGACUGCUUUUCAGAGUUAGGUGUGUGGUGGCAGCUAUUUCCCACAUUAUUCCAAAAAACAGAAGCCCAAAAAAAAAAAACCUUUGUAGGGUACUCCCCAUGAAAAAAUCCCCCCACUGAUGCAGAUAAUCAUAGAUUACAGGACUGCCCCAGGAUCACACAUUUUACCAUGUGAGACUCUGACCAGUCUUUACACUGUCUUUACACAUAUUUGGAAAAAAAAUAUUAUUGAGAAAAAAAAAAAGACUGCCCAACAUGGCAGGGCUUGCCACAUCCAGUGAACCCCAAGGAAUGUUAUCGCAUCAGCUGUGCUUAAGAGUUAAGCAAUGGGAUGCAAGUCCUGGGGAGAUAAAAAGUCACAUUUUUCUCAUCACCAAAAGAAUCAGACAAGCAUUUUGGUGUGGCCUACCCACUAGAGAAGGUGUCAAUCCACUCUAGCUCUUGUCUAUCUGUCCCCAGGACAUUAGGAUAAUUCAGGACUCAAUAAGAAUGUGGAAGAACUUGCUCAGGGGCAGCAGAAUAUAAUGGAAAGGUUACUGGAUUGGGAUUUUGGAUCUGCUAUUUACUACUUAGAUGACCUUAAUAAACUACUUUCCCUUUGUGGGCCUCAAGCACAAGUUCUCUGUAAAAAGAUCUGACCCCCAGGGCAUUAAGACAAUUCAGGACUCAAAGAGAAUGUGGAAAACCAUGGGCAAGGGCAGCAGAGUAUAAUGGAAAGAUUAUUGGAUUGGGAUCUUGGAUCUGUUAUUUACUACUUAGAUGACCUUAAUAAACUACCUUCCUUUUCUGAGUCUCAAGAUCAAGCUCUCUAUAAAAGGAUAGGGUGGAAUAAGAUGAUCUCAAAGGUCUCUCCUAAUUCUGAAUUCUGUGAUCCUGUGAUCCUAGUUUGCUGUUGCUGGUAACUCUAAACUUUACUAAUUUGUGUUAAUAAACUUUAUUAACUAUGUAAAUUAUGUCCAAAAGAUGAUUUCCAUAUGAGUCUGCCCUUUCGAGGAUUGAGCAACGCGUGCAAAUAACUAUAAUUUUUGAGAAGAGCUAAAAUGCAAGAGCCUGAGAUGUACCAAACCAAGCCAUCCUGCCAACACCAAAUGCAGAAAAGACUUGUUUGCCUCAAUAUAACAAAAGCUUCGUUUUCUAUGUCAAAGCUGUAUGCAAAACAUAUAAUUAAAGUUUUCUGAAAAACACUUUAUUAAAAUGAACAUGGAACGGA